UUUUUUUUUUUUUUCAGUGUUUUAUGGACAUUGCCCAUUAUAAUAUUCAUAUAUAUAACAUAUAAUAUCAUGGUUUUUUGUCUUCAUUAUGGUGCAUGACAGCAUAUGAGAGGUUUUUUCUUUUUCCUUUUCACAAGGCAAUUGUGAGUGAGUGAGUGAGUGAGAAAGAGAGAGAGAGAGUGAGAGUGCUGCAGUGCAUGGUUCAACACAAAUGGUCUCUUCUUCUGAUUUGUGAGUGGUGAAUUACUUACCACAUUCUCCAUUUCUUCUUCUUCUUCUCUCUCCUUUUUCUAGAGAGAGAAAGAAAGAAAGAAAAAAGAAAUGGAAACUAAUAAGUCAGCUAACUAUACCUGGUUCCUCCUCUGUUUAUUAGCCUUUUUUCUAAGCUUUGAGCUAACACAAAGCAAUGUUAGCUAUGAUAACAAGGCUCUUAUCAUUAAUGGCCAAAGAAAGAUUUUAUUUUCUGGCUCUAUACACUACCCAAGAAGUACUCCUCAGAUGUGGGGUGGUCUUAUACAGAAAGCUAAAGAUGGUGGAUUAGAUGUUAUAGACACUUAUGUGUUUUGGAAUCUUCAUGAGCCUUCUCCUGGCAAUUACAAUUUUGAGGGAAGAAAUGACUUGGUUGGGUUCAUCAAGACAGUUCAAAAAGCAGGACUUUAUGUUCAUCUUCGUAUUGGGCCUUAUAUUUGUUCAGAAUGGAACUUUGGGGGAUUUCCUGUUUGGCUGAAGUAUGUUCCAGGCAUUAGCUUCAGGACAGAUAAUGAGCCUUUCAAGUCAGCCAUGCAGAAAUUUACCCAGAAAAUUGUCCAAAUGAUGAAAGAUGAGAAGUUGUUUCAAUCUCAAGGUGGUCCCAUAAUCCUUUCUCAGAUUGAGAAUGAAUAUGAACCAGAAAGGAAGGAGUUUGGGGCUGCUGGCUAUGCAUAUAUGACUUGGGCUGCAAAGAUGGCUGUUGAAAUGGGUACUGGUGUUCCAUGGGUGAUGUGCAAGGAAACUGAUGCUCCUGACCCAGUGAUAAAUACUUGCAAUGGUUUUUACUGUGACUAUUUCACUCCAAACAAGCCUUACAAACCGAAUCUUUGGACUGAGGCUUGGACUGGAUGGUUUACAGAAUUUGGUGGCCCAAUUUACCGACGCCCUGUUCAAGAUUUGGCGUUUGCGGUUGCUAGGUACAUUCAAAGGGGAGGCUCCUUUGUGAAUUAUUACAUGUACCAUGGAGGAACCAACUUUGGAAGAACUGCUGGAGGCCCUUUUAUCACUACCAGCUAUGAUUAUGAUGCUCCAAUUGAUGAAUAUGGCUUGAUAAGGCAGCCAAAGUAUGGUCACUUAAAGGAUCUUCACUUUGCUGUUAAACUAUGCGAAAAAGCUCUACUCAAUGCUGAUCCUACCGUCUCAUCGUUAGGGAAUUAUGGAAAGGCAUAUGUUUUCUCUUCCAAGUCAGGAGGUUGUGCAGCUUUUCUCUCGAAUUAUAAUCCGAAGUCAGCAACAAGGGUGACUUUCAACAACAAGCUAUAUAAGCUCCCACCUUGGUCCAUCAGCAUUCUUCCAGAUUGUAAAACUGAUGUGUUCAACACAGCCAAAGUGAGAGUACAAAUGACUCGAACGCAAAUGUCGCCCUUGAAAGGUGCAUUGUACUCAUGGGAGACAUUUAGUGAAGACAUGUCUUCAGUGGAUGAAGAUACAAAAAUCACAGCAGUUGGUCUCUUAGAGCAGUUAAAUGUCACCAGAGACUCCACUGAUUACUUAUGGUACACAACAAGUGUUGACAUAAAAUCAUCUGAAUCUUUCCUACGAAACGGGAAAAGUCCAACUCUUAAUGUGCAAUCAUCAGGAGAUGCCAUGCAUGUCUUUGUCAAUGGACAUCUUCAAGGAUCUGCUCAUGGGACAAGGGUGAACAAGAGAUUCUCAUUCACAGGAAACGUCAAUCUUCGUUCUGGAUUUAAUAAAAUCUCACUGCUCAGUGUAGCUGUUGGAUUGCCGAACAAUGGUCCACAUUUCGAGACACGACACACAGGGAUCCUAGGUCCAGUAGUCCUUCAGGGACUUGAUCAAGGGAAGAUGGAUAUAUCAUGGCAGAGAUGGUCAUACAAGGUUGGGCUAAAAGGAGAAGCAAUGAAUCUAGGCUCGCCCGAUUCAACCUCUGCUGUUGAUUGGAUGAGUGGAUCCUUAGUAGCACAGAAGCAACAACCAAUGACAUGGUAUAAGGCAUAUUUUAAUGCACCGAAAGGAGACGAUCCUUUGGCAUUGGACAUGAGGAGCAUGCAGAAGGGUCAAAUAUGGAUUAAUGGACAGAGUAUUGGAAGAUAUUGGACUAUAAAUGCUAAUGGAAAUUGUAAUGAAUGCAGUUAUGCCGGUACAUACCGGCCUCCAAAGUGUCAGGUUGGUUGUAACCAACCAACUCAAAAAUGGUACCAUGUUCCUCGAUCUUGGUUGAAGCCGUCUAAAAAUCUGGUGAUUAUCUUCGAGGAAAUUGGUGGGGAUGUAUCGAAAAUAGCUCUUGUGAAAAGAUCAGUGACAACUAUUUGUGCCAAGGUUUCUGAUAAAUGGCACACCAAAAGCAAUGGUGAUCAAGAUGAGCUAUUCGAGCCUAAUAUCAACCUACAUUGUAAUGCUGGAUAUUCCAUUUCCGCCAUUAGUUUUGCAAGCUUUGGUACUCCAACUGGAAGCUGUGGAAGCUUCCAGAAUGGAGCCUGUCAUGCCCCAAACUCUCUUGAUGUCUUACAAAAGAAAUGCAUUGGUCAGCAGACAUGUUCGGUGACUGCAUCGAGCUCCAACUUCGGUGCAGAUCCUUGUCCAAAUACACCAAAGAGAUUAUCAGUUGAAGCUGUAUGUUCUCCUAAUGAAAUCAAUUCAUGAGAGUAUGAAGAAGCCAAGAGAGUUAAUUCCAAAAAGUUGGAAUUAACAACAUAUCAAGGCAUUAGAUAAAAUGUGUAAGCUAAGGGUUUGAUUUGCUUUACUUAAUGGUUCCAACACUUUCUUGUUACCCAAGAAAGAUUACAUUACCCAAAAAAAAAAAAAUGAAGAAAAAAAAGGGUAAAUGAAAAUUGAAUGUGGAAAAAUUCCCAUGUUGAACUCAUUGAGAAGAAUCACAAUGCAAAUUGCAGCCUAUUUGAGCUUUCA